AUGGACAAAAAGCUCAAGGAGAUCAUUGAGAAGCUGGAGCAGAGGUGUGACCUGCUGACAGAAGCGGCGAAGCACCAGCAUGGUGGGAGCACAUCUAGAGUUAGAGAUCUGCUCCAGAAGUCGGCUUCCCCUUUCUCUGACCGGGUGGCCUCGUUCCGCCUCCCCGAGAAGUUUAAAGUCCCCGACAUCAAGACCUACACCGGGCAGGAGGACUCGGUGGAGCAUUUGGACAACUACCGCGCUCACCUCGAGCUGCAGGGGACCCCUGAUGAGGUGGCGUGCCGCGCCUUCCCGCUGACCUUGUCGGGAAAUGCCAGGGAUUGGUAUAGAAGGCUUCCCCCGAAGUCCAUACAAAGCUUUGACGAAUUCGGAAAAAUGUUCGUAACUCAAUUUAUGGCGGGAGUUGUAAGAAAGAAGCCGGCAGGCACCUUGAUGUCGAUACAACAGGGGCGAGAUGAGUCCCUUAAGGAGUUCCUCCAGCGCUUCAACCAAGCAAGGCUCACCACCGAGAGCCUCACCGAAGAGUUUGUGCAUUCGGCACUCUAUCAGGGAAUCAGGAAAGAUGGGCCGCUGAUGGCUGACCUCGCUCGAAAGCCGACUCGUUAUUUGCACGAGUUCAUGGAGAGGGCAGAGGAGUUCAUUAACCAAGAAAAGACUCUUCGAGCGUUGCUCGGAAAAGCAACCGGCCAAACCUCUAAUCAGGGGGACAAGUCGAAGAAGAAGAAGGAAUUCCACAAGAAGCAGGAGGUAUUGGAACCCGGGGUUAAGAAGAAAUUCCAGGAUUACAACUGGACUCCCCUCAACGCGCCCAUCGAAGAGGUCCUAGCGGCGAUUAAAGUGGAUCCCAUGUACGAGAAACCUGCGGAGAUAGUGGGAACCCCCCACCCGAGGACCGCGGACCACUAUUGCGCUUUCCACGAGUCAAAGGGGCAUAGCACAGAGAAUUGCAGGUCCUUGCGGGCCUUAAUCGAGAAGUUUAUCCGGAACGGGAAGCUAGUCUGUUUCUUGGUGGGUCAACGAGGUCCGCCGGGGUUUGAUCGGAACCCCCAGCCCGAGGAAUGA